AUGCAUUUCCAGCAUAGCAAUUUCCUCGCCCUGGCGGCUCUCUCAUCAAUAGGGCCAGUUCUUGCUCUUCCCACAUUCUCUCAACUCGUUCCUCGAGCCCAGGCGUCCAUCGAUCUCUGCGGCGACUACGAUUAUAUAAUUCUCCAGAACUCGCCAUGGAUAGUCUAUAAUAUGCUUUACAAUGCCGCCAAGAUGGUGGGCACCCAAUGCACUUAUUACGAUAAAAUGACCACGAGUAGCAGUGGAACCCAGGAAGUGCUCUGGAAUAGUGAGACUGACAUCGAAUAUAUCGAGAGCACGAACAAUGUCCCAAAAGGAUACUCCUUUGUCGGUCUCACUCAGAACCUUGAAGUCACGCUCUCCAGCAUUGGUUCUAUCCCCACCACUUAUGAUUGGACUCGCACCAAUACCACAGCUUUCAAAGGCAAUGUCUGUUACGACUUCAUGACCAACAAUAUCAAAGGCGAUUCGACCUCGAACUCGUCCCGAGAGCUGAUGCUGUGGCUACAGUAUGAAGGCGGACAGCUCCCAAUCGGCUGGGGCAAAGGUCCCUCUGCAAUUAUCGAUGACUUGUUCGGAACAUCAUGGGAGCUGUAUGAGGAUGUCAACACAGACACUGGCAUCACCGUCAGUAGCAUGCUUCCCAAUACGCAGUUUGAGGGGUCAUUCUCGGGCGAUUUGAAGGACUGGUUAUUGGCUUUGGUUGCGCUUGGGAAAUUCACAGAAGACACAUAUGUCAAUGUUGGCAAUGCUGGUACCGAGUUCUUCUACGGGAAUGCGAUCAUGAACGCAACUUUGGCCUUACAGAUUGAUAUUGGGUCAACUAGCCAUUAAGCUUGUCUCUACUAAUACUAGGCAGCUUACUUACUAAAAGCCAUAUACACAUGUAAUAUAAGUUACUUACAAAGAG